AUGGAAAGCCAAAUCUGUGCAGCGCUCACCGGGCCAGGCUUGGACCAAAGACAGCCACGCGCCCCACCCAAGGGGGAACAAGCAAGGGAACACAGAGGCAACACCCCCCCGGCCGGGGGAAGCCCACAGAGGGACAAGGGACAGGAGGCCCCCCGGCCCAGCCCAAGGCCACCAACCCCGGCACAAUCUGAGCCCACAGCCACAGGGCCCCACCAACCCGAGACCUGCCCCGAGACCCGCCCCGACCCCCGGCGGGGAGCCCGCCACGCACUAGAGAGGCCAGAGCCCCCCCAACCCUCGGCCCCAACGGGGCGGGCCACGGCCCACCAUGACGACCCAGCCCACGGCCCCCGGGCCAACUCAUAUACCCCGGGGGGGGGGAAGACGGCGGGGGGCCACAGCGGCCCCCCACCCCCACCCCAGCCAGGGGUGAAACCCCAGGGAGACCGGGGAGAGCAGGCCCCCAGCCCAGCCAGAAGCCAAACCCUCCACAGGCGCAGACAGUGUCCAGACCAUCCCAGAGCUACCCAAACCACCGGCAGGGCAACCGCCACACAGCAGCAGGGCCCAAGCAACCACCCAGCCUAG